ACUGUUACCACUCACGGAAAAGCAGUAAAACCGGUCUACUACACAAAGUCUCCUCUUUUACCGUUUACGUCAGAAGGAAGAAAUGUUUGAGGAAUAACGUGGGCAAGAAGCCUACUCCUGUCGCCUGUACCACACUACCCAGGGCGACAUCCAGGUGUAGGUCUACCGAUCCUUCCUGAAAACUAUGUUAAUUAUUUGGACCACCGGAUUGCUGUUAAGUAUGCUGUCACUUGGUUAUUGAAGGUGGCUGAGAAUGAUUUUAUGGCUUCUUACAAUCAGCUUAGAACGAUCAGAGGAGACGCGUGUGUUCUUGGGAUGGUCGGAAAGUCUGCCGUUCUGCCCUGCGUCUAUAACGGAACGCUCGACCUGGACGGUGGGAACGUGUCCGUGGAGUGGAGGACAGGAACUGAACUGGUGCACAGAUCAGUGCUGGGAGAGGAGGGGGAAGUGACGCAGUCCGCAUCGAGCAGGAGCAGGACGCGGCUCGUAGCAGACGCAACGCGGAACGGCGACGUCUCCCUGCUCGUCUCUGAUGUCACCGUGCGAGAUGCACGGAGCUACGACUGCUACCUCACCCGCCCAGGAGAGCAGUCCAGCGCUCCCCUGUGUACCGUGUGUCUCAGUGCUGCCGCUCACUUCACCCACCCUGUGGUAGAGAGAGAGGAUGGGGCGGUGGGCGACGAGGCUAACUUUACCUGUCACUCCAGAGGAGGGUUCCCUGAACCCAUGGUCCACUGGUUCAUCGAUGGAAAAGAGCACCCCCUUGUGGGCACAGUGCGCACGUACAACACAACGCUUCCUGAGACUGAACUUUACAACAUCACCAGCACCCUGUUAGUCAAUCUCACGCAUGACAUAACUGUGUCAUGUGCGGUAGAGAACCGCCUGCUCAAUGAGACGCUGACAUCAACCAACUUUCGAGUCUCGGCGAGUCCGGUUGUGGGCCGGGCCUCCGAGGCCAUGUGGAUGUUCAGCACCGCCCUGUGUGUGCUCGUGGGAAUUCUGGUGGUGACUGCGGUGGCGCGCCAGAUCAAGCACGACUACGAUCGCAAGAAGAAACGCCGGCAGCACCAGGAGACCGGAGACAAGGACAGCAGCACUGAUGACGAGAGCGAGCAGAUAGUGUUGGAGAAUCUGGACUGCCUGACCGAGACGACCAUUUAGCAGCGUCCAGCUGCCAGCCAGCAGACAGGGGAGUAUGAAACAGGACCUCGAGUCUAAAAUGUACAAGUUAGAAACAAACGCAUGUUCCAUGUAAGCCUGUUGCGUGUUAAUGAAUUGGUUAAUGUAUUUUUGUACACGGUUUGUUGAAACCUUUUGAAGGCCGCUUGUCUAAGUUGAGAAGUGUAUUUUGCGGAGGAUUUCAGGUGUGUUUGACAUGUAAUUUUUAUGAAAUGCUUCAAAUGCAGAAACCUUUAACCAUCAAAUUUGGAAGCACUAAUGAGAUAAUUUCCCAGAUAUUUUCAGGAACCUUUUGCACUUACUUUUCUAUUCAAAACUACGCCAAGAUGCACACCGUGGAUGAGAAAUAAGGGCGGAUUUGAUUCAAUAUUGAACACAUCCUCCAGUAUUACACAUAUGCAGGGGAGUUCUGAUAAUAUCCUUGGUGUAGGCUGCUUUUGCCUAGCGUUGUUUUGUUAGCACGCACAGUAAGGGCCUGCUCCUGACUUAAAGAUCUUAAGUUCUUUAUACACACUCUCAGCUUCAUUGGGCUCAAGUGUAUCAGACUGGUGUAUUUUCUAAGUUGACAUAUGCACCUGCGUAAAUGGGUGGUCCACACUGAAUAUUGCACUGAAUAUAAUUACGUUUGCUCCGCUACAUGCACACAGGUCAUUAUUUUCAGCUACAAGGCAUAACUGAAUUUAAUUUUAAAGAAAUUGGCAGUAUAUCUACAUUUAGGGGGGUUUCAUCAUUGCUGUAUUUCAGACGCUCAUAUGCCUAAAUCAAAAUGCUGUCAGGAAAACAUGUGAUGUAUUUAUGUGUCUGUGUGUGUGUGUGUACAUGUGUAUGGGUCAUUGAUGUGACGUUUAAAUUUUAUGUCCAAAUGCCAUAUUUUCCAAAAAGAGCAUUAAUUACCUAUGCCUAUUAUUUUAUAUAUUUUGAUCUCAAGUCAGGGUCUGUCCCUCAGUGUUCAAUAAAACAGAACUAAA